UCCGUUCUGUAGCGAAAAAUUAGACCUUUAAAUAUGUGAUUUAUCUAAGGCCCCAACAACCUUAGCAUUCUCUGGCCGUAACUAAGGAGUCUAGGAAGUUUAAAUCACGCUGGUUUAUUUCAAUCUGUUGAAUUAACACAAUCCUAGCGGUUUCGCGACAGUUAGUUCACCGAAGAAUGGUGUCGAGUGUUCACGCGAAAGUAGCAAUAGGCUGGUGAGCAUUUUGUGAUUUGCUGCGUAGCCGGUGGCAUCGGAGCAUUUUAUUUCGUCAAACGGAGCGUCGACAAGGACCGGUAUGAAAAUAUGAAAGUGAGGCAACGCAUGCAAACUGCGAACGACGGAUCAUACCAACCCAGUUACAGAAAGUUCUCCAGAACAUCGGAAAAUUAGUACGCCCAAGUAAUCGGCAGCUUGUAAAAUGUCUCAGAAGGAACAGCAAAAUCUUCAACUCAUCCAGGAACUGGAAAUCGAAAUGAUGGCGGACAUGUACAACCGCAUGACCGCUGCUUGCCACAAAAAGUGCAUUCCUCCCGUUUACGGUGACUCGGAAAUCGCCAAGGGGGAAGCCGUGUGCAUAGAUCGGUGCGUUGCGAAGUUUUUGGACAUCCACGAACGGAUCGGCAAAAAACUGGGCCAACUGUCUAUGCAGGACGAGUCAUUGCUUAAAAAAUGAGUUUUUCCAGUGUUUAGGAAGUGUAGUUUGGUUUUGUAGAUCUUGUUAUGGUGUUUUGUUUUCUCCUGUUAAAUUGAGACGUUGGCUGUUAUUUUGUUAUAAUGUUCUCAAAAUAUGCAGGUUACUUUGAGUUCCUCCUUUUUAGUACCUGACAUAUGCAACUGGAGAAGAACGCUGUUACUGAGCAGUACAAAUUUUUAUUUGUAUAAUAAAAAGCAUUU